GAAUGGCCCUGGGCCCGCCGCAAGCGGUACAUGCGGCCCUGCCUGGCCAUGAACGGCACCACCGUGUACAACACCAGCUUCAUGAACAUCUGCGACGACGCGCGGCGCUGCGCGUACAAGCGGCCCGACCACGGCGACCUCAUCAGCAUGGGCGCCUCCAACGACGGCCUGUCGUGCUACGGCGCCAGCUACGAGCCCACCGAGGCCCACGUCAACAUCCGCCGCCCCGACCCCAGCAAGCCCGAGGACAACCUGCGCACCGGGGUCGGCGACGUCUCCGGCGCCACCAUCAACAAGAUGAGCUUCCCCGGCUGGCCCGGCGUGGCGCCGCCCAUGUCCAUCGCGCCGCCGCCCAGCAUCCUGGCCAUGCGCGGCCCCAUGGCCAGGGUGACGACCACGCGCCACGACUACACCGCCAAGGGCGCCGAGAAGCCCCCCAUCAUCGUGCCCGAGGGCGAGAUCAAGAUCUCCUGCAAGCCGCUGGAAGCCAACACCACGGCUCAGAUGUCGUUCCAAGAGCCGGACUACUCCAAGUUCGCGCCGUCGCAGUCGUACCGCCCGCGCCAGGAGUACCACCCCCCGGAGGGCGCGGUGACGGGGGACACGGUGUGCCGCAUGUCGUACAAGCCCGUGCCCCUGGCCCCCAAGGAGGACUACCCCUGGGCCGCCAAGAAGAAGUACGCGCCGCCUGACACGUCCAUGGAGGGCCAGACGGUGUACAACCAGAGGUCAGUGCGGAGCAGGCUACUGGAUUCGGAGUGGCGAUCGCAGUGCUUGAGAGAAGUAUUUGUCUCUAGCUUUAUGAACAUCUGUGACGACGCGCGGCGCUGCGCGUACAAGCGGCCCGACCACGGCGACCUCAUCAGCAUGGGCGCCUCCAACGACGGCCUGUCGUGCUACGGCGCCAGCUACGAGCCCACCGAGGCCCACGUCAACAUCCGCCGCCCCGACCCCAGCAAGCCCGAGGACAACCUGCGCACCGGGGUCGGCGACGUCUCCGGCGCCACCAUCAACAAGAUGAGCUUCCCCGGCUGGCCCGGCGUGGCGCCGCCCAUGUCCAUCGCGCCGCCGCCCAGCAUCCUGGCCAUGCGCGGCCCCAUGGCCAGGGUGACGACCACGCGCCACGACUACACCGCCAAGGGCGCCGAGAAGCCCCCCAUCAUCGUGCCCGAGGGCGAGAUCAAGAUCUCCUGCAAGCCGCUGGAAGACAAAACGACGGCCGGCAUGUCGUUCGUCGAACCGGACUUGUCGCGGUUCGAGCGCCAGAAGUCGUACGCGCCGGCCCGUCGCUACAACCCGUCGCAGGCGCCCUUCGACAGCACCACGGUGGCCCGGCUGUCCUUCACCGGCGAGCAGCCAGAGGGACCCCUCAUCAUCGCGUCCAGGAACCGGCCGCCCAUGCCGCCCCUGUCCGAGGAGGAGCGCGCCAAGGUUUGUUCACCUGUGCCGUCGCCGCCAUGCACGCCCAAGCCCACGUCACCCGGAGCGGCCAUGCAGCCCUGGGCUCCAGCACCCGUCGUCUGUCCUCCGAGGAGGGAGUUCGAAAUAUGUCGUCCGCAACAAGGAGCGGGGAUCCAGGGAGUACCAAAUGUCAAAGAUUUCUACAGUAAAUAAGAAGAUUCGAAAAAAAUUAUUUCAUUCGUGUAUUUGUGUACAGUUGAAAAUUAUCCUCCUUUCUCACAUUGAGCUCGAUUCUGCGCAAAACGGGACACAAUAUUCCGAAGCCUGUUUCACAGGUAAUUCCAAGGAAAAUAAAGCACUUCCCUCAACUCAA